UGUUCGAAUUGAGAGUACCAAUAUGGCCAAGAGAUCAGAUUUUGCACAGAAGCUGUUAGAUGACCUCCGGUUGCGGAAGGAACGGAUGGCUGCCUCUCAGAACUCAAAGGGUGCAAAUUCAAUGGUUGCAGAUGCACAUGCUUACACUAAGACAACGUAUAAAUCAUCCAGGGAACCAAAGACGCUCAAAACUACUGGUUCUAGAGCUGGAAGCACCCAAAACAGGCCUAGUGGAGGCAGGAAAUCAGUCACCACUGGACAGGUAUCGAAUCAGAUUGUUCCUUUUGGGAGAGGCCGGAAGUCAGAACAAAUAGGAGAUCUGUCAAUGGCCCUGGCUUUUGCACUUGAAAAUGGAGGAAAGCUAAGAACAGAUUCUUCAGGCAAUAGUUCAAUGUUCAGUUUUCUGCAUAACAUUGGUAGUAGACAGAUGGACUAUGGGAAGAUGGAAAGAAGAAACAGUGUAGUAAGUGGGCAUCAACCUUCAAGGAGCCAACUCCCUGCUCUCUCUCUUGUCCAUAUCGAAGAAAUAUCAAGGUGUGCACAAAAGUUAAAUCAGAUCCUCAGAGCUUGCUCUAGUGGCCUCAACUUUGACAGAUACUCGAUAGAAAUUGGACGGGAACUACUGAAAGGAGCGAUGGAUUUGGAGGAGUCUCUAGGGAUGCUAGUCAACCUGCAGCAAACUUCAGAGUACUUGAUAACACCACAGAGAAAAAGUCGGAUAACAUUGCUGGAGGAGGAUGAGGAUGAUGACGAGAACCCUGUCAAAAUGGCUGAUCAGAAGCAAUUGGUUAGGCCAAGAUUUUCUUUUGACAGACCCUCAAGAAAUUAUAAUGACAUUCAGGAAGUUGCAAGGACUGAUCUCAAGCUGAGGCUGGCAGCUCUUACCUACUCUUCAGAGGUUACUAAUUCCAAGCAUGAGAAAAAAGUUCUAGCUGACUCAAAAUCACAUUCUCACAAACGAUCAGUUAGCUAUGGUCCAGAAAUUAAAACUCUCACUGCAUUCUCAGAACAAAAUCGCUCAAGUUCUUUGCAGUCCAAACAAGAAAAGUCGAGAAUUCCAAAUGUAAUUGCGAAACUGAUGGGAAUUGAUAUACUUCCAGGAAAUGUAGAUUCAAAGAUCACUGUAAAGACACAGGCUGGAAAGCAAAAAGUAGAAGAGAUGAUUAGAAAGAAACCUACACAGGAAAGUACCAAGAAGGCUGAACAAAGGACAAAAGAUUCUGCAACCCUGGUUCUCCCACCAGUAAAACAGGAGGCAACACUAGCCAGCAAAAUUCCAUUGAUUCAGGAUACAAUUACAUCACAAGCAGGAAAAACUUUGACAACUAGAAAUGGUAGCACAAGGGUUGCUGUUUAUAACAAAUUGCCACCUCAAAAGGACUUGGAAGACAUAAAACCAGUGAUAAGCUCGAGAAAGGCUUCAAUCAAGAUAGACGAACAACAAAGUGGCAUCAUCCAAUUGAAUCAUAACUUUGGAAGUAAAAAAGAAAUUCAGGACAAGGGGAGAAAACAGGAUCGUGUAAAGCACAGGGAACAGAAGAGCGCUGAAAGUAGUGAAAUCAAGGAACCAGUUUUCAAGGAUGAAAUGCAGCAGAUGAUACCAUAUAUGCAUAAAAGAUCAGAAGCUGCAGUUACAUUGCAAGAAAAAACAGAGUACAGUGAAAGCAUGCUUCAUGGGGAAAACAGACAUGCAAACAAGCUUCUGCUAGGUGAUCAACAAAAGCUGAAAAUUAAUCAUGGAUUUCAACAGGUGCACAUGCUCCAAAAAUCUGAGCACCAAGAGAAAAAGCGAGUAUCAGAAGAGAGGCAACAACAAAGUACUAAACAGAAAUUGCAGGGGAAUAAACAAAAGGGAAAUGAACCAAUAUCCAGUAAUUUCUCCAAACCAAUGUCUGGUGCAACCAAUUUGCAAAAGAAGCCACAAAUGAACCAAGCAGCAACUAGUAGGAAAGGCUCCACCGAACAUAUUGAUGCAGUACAAUUCAAUGGAUUCCAAGAUGGUAGACACCAUGAAAAUCCAGCUGGAGAUAGGAGUUCAACAAACUUAAAUUUCAAAAUUAAAGAUUCAUUAAACAGAAACUCCAGUUACUCUCAAGGAGAUCUAGAAUCUGAAUCAGCAAAAGCUCUCAUCCUGUUUGCCGUGGAUGAGAAACCUGUCCAAGUUCAAACGACAAUGAAGAAGAGAAGCACCAAAGAGCAUAAACUUGAGGUCCCUCAAAUCAACGAAGUAAUGACUAAAAAAGGUGCAAGUGUUUAUAAUUUGCCAAGGACGCCGAAGCAUCAGAGUUCCAUUUUGCAAGAGAGGAAACUGACAAGGCAGGAGAAACUUGCUAUUUCAAGAGAAGCUGAUCAAAUGAAAGCCAGCAGGUUUAAAGAAGUAGAAGCACAGAUAAUUAGAUCCAACAAGUCCUUAGCAAGCCUACAAUCAUCAAGUGUAGCACAAGUGAUGCAGAAAGCAGCACAGCAAAAUUCAGUUUUGUGCAGUCCUCUAGAGGAUGAAUGCGAAAGCCUAAAUGAACCACAAGCUUUAGUUCCAAAAGAUACUGGUCAAAAUACAGUGCCAACGGUUACAAAAGAACAGCAAGAUCAAGAAACUGAUUUUGGCAGAGCCAAAGAAAGCAAGUUUAAGAACAGUGUAUCUGAUCCACUACAUGGAACUCAUGGAGAGAGCAUGGAAAUCUCUGAUACCCCACAGCCGCAGAAUCAAAGAACUUACACAUUAGAGAUGCCAGAGCUACUGACGGAGAGUGAAAAUCACCUCAAGCAGAUACUUAUGAAAAGCCAAGUAUUUAUGAACACGGCAGAGGCGCUUUUCAAACUCAACAUUCCUAUCAGCAUUCUUCGUGCAAAUGGUCACUACUAUCAUGAUCAAGAGAGCAAGCUCGUUCUGGACUGUGGCUACGAAGUAAUGAAAAGGAAAGGAAGAAGGCAGGAGCUAAGUGUUCACCCAUUUCUGAAAGUACCAAUCACUUCAAACAAAGCAAAAUCCUUGGACGACUUGGUCAAGCAAAUGUGUAAAGACUUUGAUAAGUUGAAGCAAUGCGGAAGGGACGGGAGAGAAGAUUCUCCCUUAGAAGACUACCUACCAAAAAUGCUUGAGGCCGAUGUCAACAACAAGGAACCAGAUGUGAAUUGCAUGUGGGACUUGGGUUGGAACCGCAUGGCGUUUGCAUUGCUUGAGAAAGAUGAUGUUAUAAGGGAUGUGGAGAGGUAUGUGCUUAAUGGGCUUCUAGAUGAGAUCACCAGAGAUCUUUUCAUAGGCAUAAGUGUUUCAGUUUAACUGUAAAACACAACCCCCCCCCCCCCCCACAAAAAAAAAAAACCGUAGCUAUUCAAGCAGAAGGGAUUUAAUGUUUCUGUUUGUAUCAGUGAGAAAACUUUUCCAUAGCAUUUCCCCCUGUAAUGUACCAAAAACUGUGAUUCUUAUUUGCAAAUUUCAAAAUUUUUAAUUGUUUGAAUAUAAUUAAUGAUUAUUUAUGGAAACUUGCAUUCAACCUAUAAAAUAUUAUCUGUUUUAAUCUGAAAAUGUCAUGGUUUUCUCUCACAAAAAUCACCAGUAACAGGAGCUAAUUGCUACAUCAGAGCCACCUCUUAAAUCCUGUGAAAAUUAAGUGCUACAUGAUGGGAGUCACUUUUAAAAUCUCAAUAUCUAAUGUGAUCUGGUUGUUUAAAAUCCUAACAUCAAGUGUGUUCGUGAUUCUAUGUGUAUAUUGGACUUAAAAAGACAUCAAAUUUUAGCAGAAAGAUUGUGAUGCCCUAAAUCUCACGACUCUUAUUGAAAAAAUAUAAAGAUAUGAUUCAUAUGUAGAAAUUUAAAAUCAUACUUAUAAGGCACUUUUUGUGAAACAAAAUAAC